CGCACGUCCGCCCCUCGCUUCCGGCGCGGCGGCCUCGGCCGGACAGACUGGACCCUAGCGUCCGGCCUCCCCGAGGGCAUGCGGCGCUGAGGAGCAGCGGACUCUUCGCGGCGGCACCAUGAACCUCCUGCCGUGUAACCCCCAUGGCAACGGGCUGCUCUAUGCCGGCUUCAACCAGGACCACGGAUGCUUUGCAUGUGGGAUGGAAAACGGAUUCCGAGUCUAUAACACCGACCCGCUAAAAGAAAAAGAGAAACAAGAAUUUCUGGAAGGCGGAGUUGGCCACGUUGAGAUGUUAUUUCGCUGCAACUAUUUAGCUCUAGUCGGUGGUGGGAAAAAGCCGAAGUACCCCCCUAACAAAGUGAUGAUCUGGGAUGACCUGAAGAAGAAGACUGUCAUCGAAAUAGAAUUUUCUACAGAAGUCAAAGCAGUGAAGCUGCGGCGAGAUCGAAUUGUGGUUGUUUUGGACUCCAUGAUUAAGGUGUUCACAUUCACACACAACCCCCAUCAGUUGCAUGUCUUUGAAACCUGCUAUAACCCUAAAGGCCUCUGCGUCCUGUGCCCCAACAGUAACAACUCCCUUCUGGCCUUCCCGGGCACACACACGGGCCAUGUGCAGCUCGUGGACCUGGCCAGUACCGAGAAGCCGCCGGUGGACAUUCCGGCCCACGAGGGCAUCCUGAGCUGUGUGGCUCUCAACCUGCAGGGAACAAGAAUUGCAACCGCAUCCGAGAAAGGGACCCUUAUAAGAAUAUUUGAUACUUCAUCAGGGCAUUUAAUCCAGGAGCUACGGAGAGGAUCUCAAGCAGCCAAUAUUUAUUGCAUUAACUUCAACCCGGACGCGUCCCUCAUUUGUGUGUCCAGUGACCACGGCACAGUGCACGUCUUUGCUGCCGAAGAUCCGAAAAGGAAUAAACAGUCCAGGCGUGUAACCCAGAGGACAGUCCUCAAGGACUCGGGCACCUGGAGUCUGAGGUCUGCUGGCAGCCCAGAGAGCCCUUCGCCACACCCCCAGAUGGCCGACACCAUGAUUCGGGGGGACAUCGGGCAGCCCCCCAGUGUGCUCUGGGGGGUGGGCCGAGGUGAGGAAAGCUCCAGCGAAAUUGCAGCCAUGCUGGCACCGCAGAUCGAGGUUCCUCUGGGACCGCAGCCAUGGCUGUGAGGGAACGGAGACGCGGAUGUCCCCUGAAGGCCUCUCUCCACGCUGAUGUCAGCUGGGUGUGUCUCAGUCCCACAGCCCCGGCCACUGGUGCCUGGUGCGUGGGGGCACGAGUCCGAGCCAGCGCCGGAGGCUGGGGCGUGGGCCGCUCCGCCUGUCUCCAGAGUCUCCAGGGGCCCUGGAUGGGGCACUGGCCUCCACAGAGGAAGCCAGAGCAGCAGUGCCCGCUGGGACGGGUCCCCACCGGCCUCUAGGUCAGUAUGGACAUCGCAUGGUACCCCACCUUCUCCAGGUGAAACUUUAGUUUUGUUAAUUUUGGUAAACUAGGUAAAAUACACAUCAGAUGGACCAUUUUGACCGUUUUGAGGAGCAGUUUAUGGUCUUAGGCACGUUCACUCCGUCACCUCCGCCUCCUGUGUCCUUCUCUCCCCAGAACAGAGGCCUCGUGCCCGAGAGCCGGCCUCGCCCCCCCUCCCCAGCCCCGUGGACUCGCCGGUUGUGGGCAUUUCCGAGAAAGGGAAUCACCACGUGGGACCUUGGCUUCCGUGGCUUUCUCUCAGCAGAGGGUUUCCAAGUUCAUGCACCCCGUAAACGCUCUGUUUUUGCUGCAGGGUCUCCAGGGGAAGGAGAGGCAGCAGGAAGCAUCCCGGCCGGCUGCCCGUGUCGGGGAGCGACCGGCCGCGCCGCCCCCGCCUCCAGCCGGCCCCUCACAGGGCAGCCGUUCGGUCCAGUCACGCCGCGGCCGCUGCCCAUUUGGGUGCGCACCGCGCUGGGAGCUGGGACAGACGCCUCCCCGCAGUCGGGGCGGCACGGCCCCUCCUCCUGCCCGUGCCCCCCAGCGCCCCCCGCGGCCGGGCACCCCCGCGCGGCCUGUCUGGACUCCGGGCUUCAGAACUGGUACAGGAUGGGUACCUCUUGUGGCUGCCGUGACCCGGCCACGACGAGAGGGACCUCGGAGUGAUUCUUGUACAGGUUUGGGGUCUGGACGUCUGGACUGGUGUCAGCGGGGCCGGCAGUUGUUGGCGGGAGGGUUGGGGCCGCUGUGGUCACACGGCUAUGUCCCCUGCACGCCGGCGGCCCUCCUCUCACAGGGGCCCGUGUCCCGGGGCAGAGCCCCUGCCUGCAAGGGGGGCCGCGGUCACAGGUCGGGGAGGGCAGGGCUUCGCGCGUCUGGGGGGACACGGCACGCAGCCCUCCGAGGCGGCCGGGUCGGGCUCACGCCUGUGCUGUGUGUCCCGAAGUCCGUUCCUGUGCCCUGAGAGUGUCGCUGGCUCGUGCCGCCUCCCCUGCCCCGGUCAGGGACCUCUGUCUCCAGAUGGCUGGGGACGCGACUGUGAAGGUUCAGGCAGAGGUUCUUGGGGAGCACAGUCCUUGUUUCUUCAGGGCGGUCAUCGGGUGGGGACGGUGGGGUCUCGAGGGCGCCCCCUACAGAGUGUUGCUGUUCCCAGGGCGCGGUGCCGCUCUGUGGGCCCAGGCGGGGAAGCUUUCUGCUGCCACAUUUGACGGGACGCGUUAGUGAUGUCACCUGGGCCUCACGUCGUCCCUGACCCAGGUGAACCCCCCACCACCAGGUGGACAGGUCUGCGGCCACCAACUGUCUGUCUCUGCUUUCAGGAUCGCUUCACCCCCCACCCCGUGCCCCUCGCGGACCCGAGCCCGCUGCCAUGCCCCUCGCCGCCCCCAGGGCCCCAGGCGGAGCCUGCGGUAGGGCUUCUCGCUUGCUCCCCCAACGUCUCCGGCCUUCGGAGCCCCCGAGGCGCCGUGAGCGCUGCUGCACUCGCCUCCGUGCACGCGUGAGCCCUUCCCGGCUCCGGCCCCGGGCGGGAUGGCGGGGUCCCAGGGUCAUGCUGCGCCUGCCUGCCUGAGGAGCUGCCAGACUUUUCCACGGCAGCGGCUCCGCCUCACGGCCCCGCCUGCGGGCCCUGGGGGUCCCCGUUCUCCAGACUCGCUGACGCUUGGGGUUUUCUGUUUCCUACCUGAAAGCCGCCUGCGUGCCUGGACCGGGGUUCGCGGUCCCUCAGCAAGCGGCCGUGCUGUGCCUUCGAAGAAAUGUCUGAACCAGUCCUUCGCGUAGCUUUCUUCCUUGUGGUAAAAUAUACAUAACAAAAUUUGCCAUUUUAACCAUUUUUGUGUACCGCUCGGUGACCAGUAUGUUCACAAGUGAGCGUGACGCGUCUCCAGAGCCGCUCGCUGUCACAGACCGAAACUGUGCCCAUUAAGCAGAGUCUCCAUUUCUCCCCCCCAAGCCCCUGGGAGCCGCCGCCCUCCGUCUGGGGGUCUGCCGCGCCGGGACCUCCGUGAGGAGAGCCACGCUGUGUGUCUCCUUCCGUGUCCGCGUGCUCAGUGCGUCCCCAAGGCCAGUCCCUGUCAGAGCAGGUGGCGGGACUGCGCUCGUGCAUUUGUAAAUUGGGUCGACUUUUUGUGGCGUUUUAAGAGUGCUUGGGUGAUGUGCCGGAUUCCAGAGCUUUACCGGAUACACGAUCGGUAAAUGUGUUCUCGCUCUGUCGGCUUUUCACGUCCUCAGUAGUGUUCUUUGGUGUAUAAGAGCUUUAUUUUUUAAAGAAGCAUAAUUGAUUUUUUCUUUUGCUGCUCAUACUUCAGGUGUCAAACCCAAGAAUCUGUUGCCAAAUCUGAGGUCACGAAUGUUUAUCCCUAUAUUUUCUAACAGUUCUGUAGUCUCAGCUGUUAGGCCACUGAUCCGUUUUCAAUUAACUUUUGUUUAUGAAAUGGGGUAAGUUCAGCCUUAUUCUUUUGCAUGUGGUUGUUUAUUUGGCUGUUUGUUUUGUA